CCGAGUGAACGCUACACGUUCAACACAUCUGCAGGGAACUUCAAGAGAUCAGACAACACGGCUCCGGCGGUUCAAGGUGAAACAAAUCCCUUUCCAUGCAGAGAAGCACCAGGAUGAGAUCUGGCUGGGUCAAAGGAUCACUUCUCGCCUUUGCCGUGGCUGCUGCUCUGUUGUACCUCGGCUCCAUCAAGCGGGAGGUUCAGACCCAUUCGGAGAGACUCCGGAAGGCCCACCACAAUGACUCCAUCAGGGCAAAGGGAAUGCUCACGAAGAUGGACAAGAUGGAGACCGACAUCAACCGGCUGCUCGACCUGAUGAAUAAACUGGGGAAGAAAGAACCGGUGAAACCGAACAACGCCGAGGCGAAGAAGAUGGUGAGGAAGCUGUACCCGAACUCGGUUCUGUUCAGCAAAUGGGGCGACGAGCUGUCGGAGGAGGAGCAGAAGGAGGCCGAGACGCUGUUUCAGAGUUACGGCUACAACGCCUUCCUGAGUGACAGGCUGCCCCUGAACAGAGAGAUCCCCGACACCCGGCCGCUCAGGUGUGCUGACAAAAAGUACCCAGAGGAUCUGCCUUCCAUCAGCAUCGUGUUGAUUUACCUGGACGAAGCUCUCUCUAUCAUCAAAAGGGCGAUCCGCAGCAUCAUCGACAAAACACCCGCCCGGCUAAUGAAGGAAAUCAUACUGGUGGACGACCACAGCAGCAAUGAAGAUUUAAGGGAGAAACUGGAUGAAUACAUUGACUUCAUCCACGAGGAGCGUCCAGGCCUGGUGAAGAAAGUCAGGCACUCCGAGCAGCUCGGCCUCACCCAGGCCAGACUGUCGGGAUGGAGGGCCGCUGUGGGGGACGUCGUGGCCAUCUUGGAUGCUCACGUAGAAGUCCACGUGCAAUGGGCGGAGCCGCUGUUGGCUCGGAUUAAAGAGGACCGCACCGUGAUAUUGACACCGGUGUUUGACAAAGUCAACUUCGAUGACCUGACCCUGAUUCCCUACAUGCCCGCGGCAGAUGCCUUCGACUGGGCUCUGUGGUGCAUGUACGAGUCCUUCAGGCCCGAGUGGUACGCUUUAAAGGACGACUCACAGCCUGGAAAGAGCCCCUCCAUCAUGGGGAUCCUCGUCGCUGAUCGGAAGUUCUUUGGGGAGAUCGGAAGCCUCGACGGGGGAAUGAAAAUAUACGGCGGCGAGAACGUGGAGCUCGGCAUCCGGGUGUGGCUGUGUGGAGGAAGCAUCGAGGUCAUACCUUGCUCCAAAGUCGCCCACAUCGAGCGGGCCACGAAGCCUUACCUCCGAGACUUGAGCGAGAUGGUGAGGCGUAACGCGCUGAGGGUGGCGGAGGUCUGGCUGGAUGAAUAUAAAUACAACGUCAACAUUGCAUGGAACGUUCCCCUGGAGAAACACGGGAUAGACAUCGGGGAUGUGUCGGAGAGGAAGAAGCUGAGAGAGAGGCUGAAUUGCAAGCCCUUCAAGUGGUAUCUGGAUAACAUUUACCCCUCGCUGGACCCUCUGCAUGACCUGCUGGGCUAUGGAGCGCUGACCAAUAGCCUGAAGCCAGAUAUCUGCGUUGACCAAGGCCCAAUGCCUGGGAACACCCCCAUUACAUAUGGGUGCCACUACUUCUCUCCUCAGCACUGUUACUAUCGCACCGACGGACAACUCUACGUUGGUGGAAUCAAGUCUCACAAGUACAACAGCAACCGCUGCCUGGUGGACCCGGGCACCGCCGCCUACCCGGGACUCUACAAGUGCAAAAUAGCCAAGCAGAAGAAAUUCCACAUGCUGUGGGAUUUUAAACAGGAUGGAGCCAUCCAGAACAGAGGAACCAAGAGAUGCCUGGAAAUGGUGACGGGUGAUGACGGCCAUUACAUGCUCGUUGUUCAGCAGUGCACUGGUCAGAGCUGGAAGAUCCAGCAUCUCAUCAAGGACCGAGGGCACAAAUGAAACCGCCUCUCGGAGACGACAUGGAUCCACGAGUCAAAGUGCACCAGAAAUAUUUUGAAAUAUUUUCAUUUCAUUCUUGUUUUUUGCCCCCAAAAAUUUCUGAACUCCAACGGCGCAGGACUGAACGCAUGUGGGU